AUGGAUAAAUGGGCCAAGGAUUUGGAAAAGUUUCCCAUUCUACAGUCAGCACAGGAUGCUACAGGUGUGGAGAAAUUGUAUCUAGCAGCAGGGGGUGGGGCACUAUUGCUGUUGCUUUUGCUCGUAGGAUUUGGUGCCGGUCUUAUUUGCAAUGUUGUGGGCUUUGUCUACCCCGCGUUUUGUUCAUUCAAGGCGAUUGAGUCGGAUGAUAAGAAGGAUGAUGUACAGUGGCUUACGUAUUGGGUUGUAUACGCCUGUUUUAACAUUGUCGAGGUGUUUGCCGACUUUUUACUGUAUUGGAUUCCUUUCUACUAUGCAUUUAAGCUUGGAUUUCUGUUGUGGCUCUUCAUGCCAUCGACAUUGGGUGCAUCCUUUUUGUAUCUACACUUUUUAGCACCAUUUCUUAAAUCACAAGAGUCUCGUAUUGAUCGUGCAAUGAUGGAAGCUGUGAACAAUAGUGGGACUGUUAUUGCGGACAUUAGUUGCGUGGCAAAGGAUAUUGGCAGAGAUGUCAGCAAGGCUGUUGCUAGUAGAAUCGUGGAUUCUGCUGCUCAGUAA